AUGGAUUCACAAGAUGGCCUGAUAGCAGAGAAAGGAUCUUUGGACGACAUUAAGACACCUCGACAUUGUGAAAACUGUCAUCGCAAAACGAAUAUGAGAUGGAAUUGUACCAACUGCAAAAAGAUAUUGUGUUACAACUGUAAAUUUGUACACUCAAAGAACAAAUCAACAAAAGCUCACACUGUUGUUGAAGUAAAAACCUUCAGUAAAAGUUCUAGUGACUUGACAACAAAGCGACCAACCGCGAAAAAGUUAUCUCCGGGACCCUCAAAUCGUUCACCUAGUGUUGGAAGUUCGUUAUCAGUAUCAAGAAUUCGAGAAACCUGCAAGGAACACGAAGAAUUUCUGAUUUUUCACUGCAACACGUGCUCAAAACCAAUAUGUAGUGACUGUAUUCUGGGUACUCAUAAAACGCACGAGUUAAUAAAACUGGAACACUAUAUAAAAUCCGAAAAACACAGGUUAGUACAAGAGGUUUCGGAAGUUAAGAAAACCCACAUCCUAGAGUUGAAGGCAUUACUCCAAAACUGUAUGUCAAAGAGAAAAUCUUCAGAAAUGGGACUGAAUUAUGCCUAUGAUGAAUUGAACGAACACGUUGAAAAGCUCAUUGUAGAUGUCAGAAGCGAAGCAGACAGGAUUGCUGAUGACUUUAAGAGUAUUCAUACCAAAAACGAAUCUGAAUUAAGCAAAACUGAAAAGGAGAUCAAUGAAGCACUGAACGUUGUUAAUGAAGCUAUCUCACUCUGUGAAAACAACGUGGAUGCAUCUGUUUAUCAGUUGUAUCAAGCUAAAGAGAGAAUGACUCAUUUAAAUGAAGGAAUGGUGUUACCAAAGGAGCCGAACAUUUAUCCGAUUGAAUUUGAAAAAGGUCAAAUUAACAGAUCCCUUCUUAGCAAAAUGAUAUGUACAAGCAUCGUCAAAGAUGAGGACGAGAAAGACGAAGCAAUAGAGGAACCAAUCAGACCAAAAAGCAACCAAAUAAAGAUUCCAAACGACGAGAUGGAUAGGUACAACUUGUGCAAAGUCGGAAUUAGUUGUCUUUCUAUCGGUUCUGACCAAUCUAUAACCGUCCGAGAUCCGCGUACAGCAAAAGGGAUUCUAAAGAUCUGUAUCAAACAAGGAAGAAAACUAGAUGUGAAGGAACCUAUUGAGUUUGACAAAUACGUCACCGAUAUUUGCUGUUACGACAACAAGAGCACUUUGGUUACUUUUGUGAAUACGGGUGCUAUCAAAAUCGUCAACCACCAUGGUAAAAUGGCGACGUUCACAGAUUUAUCCCCUUUAUAUCCAGUCAGUUUGUGGAAGACGUCGAAUGGAUCAAUUCUAGUGUCUGUCGUCGAGGGUGAUGAGUUAGAAGCAACAGAAGACAGUACACGUGCUGUUUACAUUUUGUCCUUCAGUGGACGAGUUCUGAAGAAAGUGGAAUAUUUCCAAGGAAAACGAACGUUAAACAGACCCUAUAGAGCAGUAGAGAAUAGCAAGGGGGACAUCGUAGUCAUUGAUUUUAUUGACCUCGAUGACAGAGUGGUCUGGAUGAAGAAAGACGGCGAAGAGAUUUGUUCCUAUAGAGGACAUGUUUCUCCAAAGUAUCCAAGACUUAUGGCAGCUCAGGGUCUUGCAUGUGAUAAAGAUAGUAAUGUUUACGUUUCGGAUGCUAGGAAUAACGUCAUACACGUUGUGGACACAAGUGGAAAAUUCAUUCGUUUCAUCGAGAACGACAUGGAGAGAUUUUUCUCCCCUUGGUCACUGUGCGUUGAUGAUAACAAACUAUGGAUCGGGACGUCCAACGGACGCUUAUACAGAACGUUUAUUAAAACAAAAUAA